CAUGCUCAUAGUGGCGUCAGGAAAUUGAUCUAGGUGAAGUCUUUCUUAUUGUAAAUAUUAUUACAAAUCAAUCGCCAGUAGUAGGAGUAGAAGUUUUCCACUUUCUAACCACUACUAAGCGAAACGCAAGCGCAAGACCCCGCGCGGGUUCUAGGAAUUCAGUGUGUGGAAUACCAUCGACAUUACAUUGGCAUCCUUUCCGCUACAAAUUUUGAUUGAUAUAAUUUAUGCUCACACAGUAUCGGGCAAAAUAAGUUCCAUAUAAUUAUAAAUACUGAGGCUCAACACAACAACCAAAGCACUUCGCAAGAGGCAACUUUCAGUAAAGUUUUGAAUUCAUUACUGCCUUUUGAUCAUCCGUCAUGGCCCAUUUUGUAGGAGUCGGCGUCCUACAGCCUUCUAGUAUUAGUAAAAAUAUAAAUAUAUCUUCGUCAAGUUUUGACUUUUAUAAUAUGCUGCCGAUGUUGAAAGAUGUAGUAGCCUAAGCACGUG